AAGUUAGCAACAAAACCUGGAUCAAAAAAGAAAAAUGCAGAAAACGAAUUUAAGGAAGGAGAAGUAAAAAUCUCUACUUUGUUGCCAUUAUAGAGAGGUGGUGGUAUAGGUGCCGUGUACUCACACUGGUGGCGUAGGUUAGAAACAGGUAGUAAGUCGUCUAAGCUUCUUAAACCUUAAUAGAUUCUCCUUACUUAACCUUUCAAGCAAACAAUCACUUCAUUUAUAUACACUAACCCAAUCUCACGAUCCAUCUCACCUUAUAAAUUGAAAAACCCACUUCCAAAAUCAACUUACAGAACAAACCCAAGAAUCAAGAAUCUAUUUUCCUGUGAGGAUAUCAAAGAAAUGAAGGGGGUGGCGCACAUUAGCAUUGUACUAAUGGUGGUGGAGAUGAUCGUCUGUGUCAUUGGAAUGACAGUUGAGUAUGAUCAUAGAGCAGUUUUGAUUGAUGGGAAACGAAGAGUUUUAAUGUCUGGUUCUAUACAUUACCCUCGUAGUACUCCUGAGAUGUGGCCGGACUUGAUACAGAAAUCAAAAGAUGGAGGUUUAGAUGUGAUUGAGACUUAUGUUUUCUGGAAUUCUCAUGAACCUGUUCAAAAUCAGUUUGAUUUUGAAGGAAGGAAUGAUUUAGUAAAGUUUGUAAAAACUGUAGCAGAAGCUGGUUUAUAUGUUCAUCUUCGAAUCGGCCCUUACGUUUGUGCCGAAUGGAAUUAUGGAGGAUUUCCUCUAUGGUUGCAUUUCAUACCGGGGAUUCAAUUCCGAACCGACAAUGAACCAUUCAAGAGAGAAAUGCAAAAAUUCACAGCCAAGAUUGUGAGUAUGAUGAAAGAAGAGAAACUUUUCGCUUCUCAAGGAGGGCCAAUUAUCCUUUCACAGAUUGAAAAUGAGUACGGAAAUAUCGAUAGGUUUUACGGGUCUGCUGCUAAAUCUUACAUUAACUGGGCAGCAGGCAUGGCUAUCUCACUAGACACAGGGGUGCCAUGGGUUAUGUGCCAGCAAGUGAAUGCUCCCGAUCCAAUUAUCAACACUUGCAAUGGUUUUUACUGUGAUCAGUUUACUCCAAAUUCUGGCAAGAAACCCAAGAUGUGGACUGAGAACUGGACUGGUUGGUUUCAAACUUUCGGUGGCGCUGUUCCUUACAGACCAGUGGAAGACAUUGCAUUUUCUGUGGCAAGGUUUGUCCAAAGAGGAGGAACAUUCCAAAAUUACUACAUGUACCAUGGUGGGACAAACUUUGGUCGGACUUCUGGAGGUCCCUUUAUUACCACAAGCUAUGACUAUGAUGCUCCAAUAGAUGAGUAUGGACUUAUUAGACAACCUAAAUGGGGACACCUAAAAGAUUUGCACAAGGCCAUAAAGCUCUGUGAACCAGCAGUGAUAGCAACUGAUCCGAAGGAAAUUAAGCUUGGUGACAACUUAGAGGGACAUGUCUAUAAAACAGAAGCAGGAGUAUGUUCUGCUUUUCUUGCCAAUAUAGGAACUCAAUCUGAUGCAACUGUGAAUUUCAAUGGCAAUUCAUAUCAUUUACCUGCAUGGUCUGUCAGCAUUCUACCUGACUGCAAAAACGUCAUAUUCAAUUCCGCAAAGAUAAACUCCCAGGUUGUGAAACAAAAAUUCCAUCGUCAGACUGAAGAUAAGAUUGAUAACUCUGCAGCAGAGUUUCAGUCAGGAUGGAGUUGGUUUGUUGAACCUGUAGGUAUUUCAAAGAGCGAUGCUUUCUCAAGAAAUGGUCUAGUUGAGCAAAUAAAUACGACAUCUGAUGUUAGUGAUUAUUUGUGGUAUUCGUUAAGUACUGAAAUCAAAGAAAAUGAACCACUUCUUCAAGGUGAUAGUCAGCCUAUUCUUCAUGUCGAAUCACUUGGUCAUGCUCUUAAUGUUUUCAUCAAUGGGAAGCUUGCAGGUAGUGGAAAAGGAAUUAGUGGCAAAGUGAAAAUCAGCCUCGAGGUACCCAUUACACUGGUACCAGGGAAGAAUAGCAUUGACCUCAUGAGUGCAACAGUGGGACUCCAGAACUAUGGAGCAUUUUAUGAAUUGACUGGUGCUGGUAUUACCGGUCCAGUCACUAUAAAAGGAUUGAAAAAUGGAGCAAGUCUGGAUCUAUCCUCGACUAAGUGGACAUAUCAGAUUGGACUGAAAGGUGAAGAAUUAGGUUUGUAUGAUGGAAGUUCUUCACAGUGGGUCUCAGACUCUGCCAUGCCUAGAAACCAACCUUUGACGUGGUACAAGACGAGCUUCGACGCGCCUGCUGGAAGUGACCCAAUCGCACUAGACUUCACGGGAAUGGGUAAGGGUGAAGCAUGGCUGAACGGUCAGAGCAUUGGUCGAUUUUGGCCAACUAACAUAGCUUCACAAAGUGGUUGCAGCAAUUAUUGCAGCUAUAAAGGAACCUAUAGUGCAACCAAGUGUCUCAAGAGUUGUGGGAAACCAUCUCAGCAACUGUACCAUGUCCCACGUUCAUGGGUCAAACCAAGCGGUAAUGUAUUGGUGUUGUUUGAGGAGUUAGGCGGUAAUCCAACUCAAUUAUCUUUUGCUACAAGACAAGCAGAUAGCUUAUGUGCACACGUAUCGGAAUCACACCCACCUCCUGUAGAAUCGUGGACUUCAGAGGCAAAGACAAAAGCAAAUUCUAGACCAGUCCUUCAGCUGGAAUGCCCUUCUCCUAAUCAGGUCAUAUCAUCUAUCAAGUUUGCAAGUUUUGGAACCCCAUAUGGGACUUGUGGGACUUACGGCCAUGGUCGAUGCAGCAGUGUCAAGGCUCUCACAAUUGUAAAGGAGGCUUGCGUCGGAUUAAAGAGUUGCCAAGUCGAAGUAUCGAGCAAGAAUCUUGGAGAUCCAUGCAAAGAUGUUCCAAAAAGCCUCGCAGUAGAAGCUAUCUGUGCAUAAAUAACUGCGCAUGUGGGGAAGCUAAGGCGAAGCUGUGCAACUCCACUUAUAGAAGUAAAAAAUAUUGAGGCCAAAUUGUAUACAUAAGAAAGAAAGAGUAGGUUGCUCUCUAAAUACAGUGCAGUCGACCUUUCGUUAGUGUUAGAAGGUAGAUAAUGUCCUGUUUGUAAAGCAGUCCCAAUAAGUCUGCUGAUUCAAAAUAACAAAAAUACUGUCGACAGUUCUGUUUAAGCAAAAGGUUGUUAAUAUUUCA